UGAUUUGUUUUUCAGUGAUGCUCUUCUGUUUUCAGAGUGAUGAUGCGACUGUGCUGGUUGGUGAGACAGGACAGCCGGCACCAGCGAAUCAGACUUCCCCAUUUGGAAGCAGUUGUGAUUGGUCGAAGCCCAGAGACCAAGAUCACAGAUAAGAAAUGUUCCCGACAGCAAGUACAAUUGGAAGCAGAGUGUGACAAGGGAUAUGUCAAAGUGAAGCAGGUGGGGGUCAAUCCCACCAGCAUCGACUCGGUGGUCAUUGGGAAGGACCAGGAGAUGAAGCUGCAGCCUGGCCAGAUUCUCCGCCUGGUGAAUGAACUGUAUCCGUAUAUUGUAGAGUUUGAGGAAGUGGCAAAGAGCCCUGACCUAGAAACACAAAGGAAGAGAAAGAGGUCAGACAGUGAUGGUGAGGAGAUGGGUGCUGCCCAGGCACCUGAGGACAGCCAUGGCCAGUGCUCUGUGCCCCCUAAGAAGGGCAGGGACGGAGCCACCAAACAGGAAGCACCAGGCCACUGGAGUCAAGGCUUGAAGAUUUCUAUGAAAGACCCCAAAAUGCAGGUUUACAAAGAUGAUCAGGUGGUGGUGAUUAAGGAUAAAUAUCCCAAGGCCCGUCAUCACUGGCUGGUCUUACCGUGGGCUGCCAUUUCCAGUCUGAAGGUUGUGACCAGUGAACACCUUGAACUUCUCAAACAUAUGCACUCUGUAGGGGAGAAGGUGAUUGCAGAUUUUUCUGGACCCAGCAAACUGCGCUUCCGAUUGGGUUACCAUGCCAUUCCCAGCAUGAGCCAUGUACACCUUCAUGUGAUCAGCCAGGAUUUUGAUUCUCCUUGCCUUAAAAACAAAAAGCACUGGAAUUCUUUCAAUACAGAAUACUUUAUGGAAUCACAAGCUGUGAUCAAGAUGGUUCAAGAAGUUGGCAGAGUGACUGUUCAAGAUGGGACUGGUGAGCUCUUGAAGCUUCCUCUUCGUUGCCAUGAGUGUCAGCAGCUGCUGCCUUCCAUCCCACAGCUGAAGGAUCACCUGAGGAAGCACUGGGGCGGGUGACGCACUCCUUGGCGACUGGGUGCAGUGCUAGCAUCUGCCUGCGCUCCGUUCAGUCCUGAACUAAAGCACACAGCUUUCCAAAGCAAA